CCCGGGGCCCUGACGCGCGCUCACCUGCUGGUCCCCUUUCACCCUGCAGUGACUUCUGACAGCUCUCUCCAUGGAAGGAGGCGGCGGCCGCGAUGAGCCUUCAACCUGCCGGGCAGGGGGCGCGAACGUGGAUGACCCGAAGAAGGAAGACGUUCUUCUUUUGGCCGAUGAAAAAUUUGACUUCGAUCUUUCGUUGUCUUCUUCAAGUGCAAACGAAGAUGAUGAAGUGUUCUUUGGACCCGUUGGACAUAAAGAAAGAUGCAUUGCUGCCAGUUUGGAAUUAAAUAAUCCGGCCACCAACCAGCCUCCUUUGCCUGCAUCUGAGAGUCCCUUCGCCUGGAGCCCUCUGGCCGGGGAGAAGUUCGUGGAAGUGUACAAAGAAGCUCGCUUACUGGCUUUACAGAUAGAGAGCAGCAGCCGGAACCAGGCGGCCCACGCUGCCAAGCCCCAAGAGCCUCAGAGCCAGGGAGCGGAAAGAUUCAUACAGGAGUCAACAUUAAAAAUCAACCUCUUUGAGAAAGACAAGGAUAUGAAGAAAAGCCCCACGUCUCUUAAAAGGGAGACGUACUACCUGUCAGACAGCCCCUUGCUGGGCCCCCCUGCAGGCGAGCGCCGACUCUUGGCCUCCUCCCCGGCCCUGCCCAGCGCUCCUGCCCAGGCCACCCUCUCCCAGGCGCUGGGGCCCCCACACUCGGCUCCUGCCUUGCCCAGGGAAUCAAGCACUGCCCUUGCUCGGGGUCAGGCAGCAACUCAGAGGAAGCCUGGCAGCAAAUUGCUGCUGCCUCGAGUGGCGUCUGUUAGAGGAAGUGGCAUCCCCGGGGCCAUCGAGAAGCCCAAGAAAGAGAUACCAGCUGGUCCUUCCAGGACGAAAAUCCCAGCUGAAAAGGAAUUCCGCCGGGAUGUCCCCCCUGACAUACCUGCCCUGGGUGCCGUCAGUGUGCCAGCCGCCGGAAGCCACUCGGGCCAGGGCAGGCGGGCGAUUCCCGUUCCAAACAAGUUGGGGCUGAAGAAGAGCCUGUUAAAACCACCCGGCUCUACCAGCAGUCUCGCAAGGAAGUCCUCCUCAGGGCCUGUUCGGAGCGGGGCGCCCAGUGUGUGCACAUCCCCAGCAGCGGGCAAAGCUAAAUCAAGUGAAUUUGCAAGUAUUUCUGCAAACAGCUCCCGGCCUCUGUCAAACAUCAGCAAGUCAGGCAGAAUGGGACCCACUGUGCUGGGGCCGGCUCUGCCUGCAGGCCCUGUGGGGGCAUCCUCCCAGCAAGCCAAGGGAGCCAGCGUUUCUGAGCUGGCAGUGGAGCAGCCCAUGGUGCCCCUGUCCGCAUCCCUCACCCACCCCCAGACUCCGGAGGGUGAAGGCCAAUGCCCGAACUCCAGUUCCACCUUGUCAGAAUCUUCUCAACUGAAUAAAACCAGAAGUAUAAGAUGGCGAGAUUCCGAUCUAAAUUCCAAGACAAAGGUUAUGCCUACUCCUGCAAAUCAAUUUAAAAUUCCUAAGUUUUCUCUAGGUGACUCCCCAGACGGGGCCACACCAAAGCUCUCUCGGACACAGCGGCCGCAGUCAUGCUCGUCAGCUGGCAGGGUCACUGUCCACAGCACCCCCGUUAGAUGCUCACGUGGGCCAGCACCACAAAGCCUGUUGAGCACACGGCGUGCGUCAGCCUUGCCCACAGCCACCAGCCGGCGCUUCUCUGGUCUUCCACCAAUGACCCCCAAAACUAUGCCCCGGGCUGUGGCCUCGCCCCUGUGUGUGCCAAAUCGGAGACUUCACUCUGAGCCCCGCAAGAACUCUUCAAUGAGAACUGAACCCACAAGGGAGAGCAACGGAAAGGCAGAUUCCAGGCCGGUGGGCAUGUCUCCUGAUGGGGAUUCUCCUCCCUCCCGUGUGCCUCAGGCACUUCACUUUUCUCCGGAGGAAAGCGAUUCUACUGUUUCCAAAAGCACCAGCACAGAAGCGGUUCAGGAGGAAGCCAGGCCCGGUGGAGACGCAGCCCCUACUGAGGCUCUUCUUGUAGAUAUCAAACUGGACCCACUCAUGGUCACCACAGAUGCUGCAGGCCAGCCCCGCGUUGACCUGUCUCUCAUCGACUUCUGCAAUACCCCAGAAGCAAACGUGCCUAUGAAAUCUGAAAGCAGGCCUCUGAUCGACCUCAUGAUAAACACCCCAGACAUGAAUAAAAAUGUGGCGAAACCUUCACCGGUGGUGGGACAGCUCAUAGACCUGAGCUCCCCUCUGAUCCAGCUGAGCCCCGAGGCUGACAAGGAGAACGUGGAUUCCCCACUCCUCAAGUUUUAAGCAGAACCACAUCCUUUGCCUUGAAAGAAUAGCCCUAAAGAGGUUUCCAACCCUCGGGAAGAAGUUUUAGGCUGGGUGUGGCAGUUUACACUUGUAAUCCUAGAACUUUGGGAGGCCAAGGUGGGCAGAUGACUUGAGCCCAGGAGUUUGAGGCCAGCCUGGGCAAUAUAGUGAGACCCCUGUCUCUACAAAAAAUAUAAAAAUUAGCCGGGCGUGGUAGCACAUGCCUGUAGUCCCAGAUAC